UUCAGUUUCGUCUUUCAUGGCAUGCAUCAGUUUGUUGUGGGCUGAAAUGCUCAUGAUCACUGGAGUAUAGUUCUCCACAGUUGGUAAAUAAACGCUAAGCUGAAAUGGAUAUGGAAGAGAAGCCAAAAUACGGACAGCCCAAACAAUUUGACCCCGACUUCAAAGGGCCUAUCCAAAACAGAGGAUGCACAGACAUUAUUUGCUGUAUCUUCUUCAUCGUGGCCAUAGUGGGCUACGUUGCGGUGGGAAUACUGGCCUGGACUCACGGUGACCCGAGGAAGGUGAUCUACCCCACAGACAGCCUGGGACAGUACUGUGGCCAGGGAAAACUGGAGAAGCAGCCCUUGUUGUUCUACUUUAACAUGAUGAAGUGUGCCAGUCCCAUGGUCCUCCUCGAGUUUCAGUGUCCCACGCCUCAGGUGUGUGUAGAGAAAUGCCCUGAUCGCACGUUGACUCUGGUAACCGCCAUUGGAAACGCACAAGACUGGGAAUAUUACAAAAGCUAUUGCAGAGCAGACCCAGGGGCAAAGCCAGUGGUGGACAUUUUGCAAAAAAAACUCUGCCCUGCAUAUCUGAUUUCCAGCAAACCAUUUUUGCAGCGAUGUUUUCCUUCUAUAGGCAAAAAGGGUGAUGUCAUCACAGUGGGCGAUCAAGAAACAUUUAAUGAUGGAGACAAAAUGAGAGACGCUAAAGAUCUGGUGGCUGGAAUGAAGAAUGCAACAAUAGUCAUGGAGGGCCGUCAAGUUGCAAUGAAGAUCUUUGAGGAUUACACAAAGUCUUGGUACUGGAUACUAAUUUGUUUGUUGAUCGCUGUGGUGCUGAGUCUGAUCUUCAUCGUUCUUCUGCGUUAUCUGGCUGGAAUCAUGGUCUGGGUCAUGAUCUUCAUGGUCAUCGCUGUCGUUGCCGGUGGUAUUGCUCACUGCAGCAUAAAGUAUGUCAAUCUGAAGGACACGCCUGGUUCUAAUAUCACCCUACAGCAGCUGGGCUUCCAGCCCGAUUUCUCUGUGUACCUGCACAUCAGACAGUCCUGGCUGGCCUUCAUCAUCAUCUUGGCCAUUUUGGAGGUCAUCAUCAUCAUUCUCCUCAUCUUCCUCAGGAAACGAAUCCGGAUCGCUGUUGAGCUCAUGAAGGAGGCCAGCAGGGCUGUGGGUUAUGUGAUGUCUUCGCUGUUCUACCCUAUUUUUACCUUCCUCCUCCUGACCAUAGUCAUCGCGUACUGGGGCGUCACUGCAGUUUUCCUCUCUACAUCCAGUGAACCUGUUUAUAAGGUUUUCAACGAAACCGAUUGUCUACAUGCAAGACAAACCUGUGACCCUGAGAACUUCACUCUUUCUACUAUGAAGAGAGACUGUCCGCGGUCUGAGUGCCUGUUUGCUUUCUAUGGUGGGGAAACGCCAUAUCACAAAUACCUGGUCGUCCUUCAGUUCUACAACGUCUUCCUGUUCUUCUGGUGUGCCAACUUUGUCACUGCUCUGGGACAGAUGACUCUGGCAGGGGCAUUUGCAUCCUACUACUGGGCUCCUAAUAAACCCAAUGACAUGCCUGCAUACCCGCUGUGUGCCUCUCUGGGCAGAUCCCUCAGAUAUCACACAGGCUCUCUGGCAUUUGGUUCUCUCAUCCUCGCCAUCGUCCAGAUUAUCAGGGUUCUGCUGGAGUAUAUUGAUCACAAACUCAAGGGAGCAGAGAAUAAAUUUGCCAAGUUCUUGUUGUGCUGUUUGAAAUGCUGCUUCUGGUGCCUGGAGAAGUUCAUCAAGUUUCUGAACAGGAACGCCUACAUUAUGGUGGCCAUAUACGGUAAAAACUUCUGCCGAUCAGCACGUGAUGCCUUCUUCCUCCUCAUGAGAAACGUAAUCAGGGUGGUAGUCCUGGAUAAGGUCACCGAUUUCAUCUUAUUCCUUGGAAAACUCCUUAUUGUGGGGCUUGUGGGGAUCUUCGCUUUCUUCUUCUUCUCAGGACAUACGGAUGCAUUUAAGGGUGCCACACCCAGUCUCCAUUACUACUGGGUUCCUAUUUUGACUGUGUUGGUGGGCUCCUACCUCAUUGCACAUGGGUUUUUCAGCGUUUAUGCUAUGUGUGUGGACACACUCUUCCUCUGCUUCUGUGAAGACCUUGAGCGCAAUGACGGCUCUGCAGCGCGGCCGUAUCGCAUGACCACAGAGCUGUGCGACAUCCUGAUGAAGGACGCGGAUGCGGCUCGGACCCCUACUUCACGUGACGAGACGAUGCAGCUGACGGCUCCCGACAAAACAAUGGAAAACUAAUGCAAAUUUGUAAUUAUAUGUGGGAAAAUAAUCUCAUUUACUGAAUGGUCACAAGGUUCAAUCAUACCUGCGGUUCAUUGAGUUGUCAAUCAUUCAGUAAUUGUGUGUUAAGGGACUAAAUAGACUGUCAGGGUAAAUGAUCUUGAGAAUAACAUUAAAAAAGGAAUUCACAAGCUAUUUUCUUCAAUAAUGUGACGUUUAUCCAAGUGAAACAGGGUAUUAAAUCAUAAAAAGGUUACACUUUACGAUAAGGUUCCUAUUGUUAACUUACUUAACUACUUGGAUCACGUUAGCCAACAAUG